AUGGCUGCCGGUCGUGUGCGGCGCCUGGCGGCGCAGCUUGAAGCGCGGCCAGUCGCAGGAGAGCUUGCGCCGCUCGCCGGCAAGGUCGCCAUCGUCACCGGCGCCUCCUCUGGCGUCGGCGCCGCGCUCUCGCGGCGCUUGGCUGAACGUGGCUGCAGUGUGGUCGUAAAUUUCUCCAAAAGUGCAGAUGACGCGGCAAAGGUUGCCGAGGGCUGUGCAGCCAGCGGUGCUCAGGUGCUCCUCUGCCAAGCGGACGUUGCCACUGAUGCCGGUUGUGAGAAGCUCGUCGCAGAAACAGUCAAGAGAUUUGGGCGAGUUGACUUUUUGGUGAACAAUGCCGGUACAACGAAGUUUGUUCACCAUGGCGACUUGGAAGGCCUAAACUCUGCUGAUUUCCGACGCAUCUACGACCUGAAUGCCAUCGGUGCCUUCAACAUGAUCCGAUUAUGUGCUCCACACAUGAGGAAGGCUGGAGGAGGUCGCGUCGUCAACGUCUCCUCAGUAGCCGGGGCUUACCACACUGUUGGCAGCUCUGUGGCCUAUCUGAUGUCAAAGGCUGCACUGAACGCUCUGACUGCGGUCAUGGCGAAGGUCCUCGGGCCGGAGAUCGUCGUGAACGCCGUUUGCCCGGGCUUCAUUGAAGGCCGAUGGCUUCGAGAAGGCAUGGGUCCUGAUCUCUACGACUACGUCAAAGACCGUCUGGAAACCAGCAUCCCCAUGAAGGCCGUGGCAACCCCGGACAAAGUAGCGGCGACAAUUCUCAUGCUUCUGGAGGCAAGCGAGACCCAAAUCACGGGACAGUGCAUCGUUUGUGAUGGCGGAAUGGGGCUCAUGAGGGGCCCCAGCUGA